CAGUCUGGGGCUGCGGUUCACACUCUCUGUAGGCAGCAUCCAGCGUUGGUUUCCCUCUGCCCUCUUCCAGCAACUUAUGAUUAACCUGCCCCUACCCCCAAUAAAGACGACAAAUCAAACCCUCCCAGACUCCACACCACUAUCACCCAAGUAGCAGCCUUCUCCUCCUCACAGUUUCACGUUCCUCUUCCAGCCAAACUGGCCAGUCCUCACACGCACACGGUCCCAGACAGGAAUGGGCAGAGGUUCUCAACCCACUUGGGAAAUCUGGAAAUCUCCUCUAAGAGAUGGUGGACCUUCAGGGAAUUCCUGUUUCCUCAGCCACCUGGUGGGAGGGGGGCAGGGCACUGUCCUCUUGGGGAGAGGGUAUCCAGGAGCCCCCAAGCACUCCUCACUCCUGGUGAGCCUGGGGUGAGGGGGGCCUCGGCAUGACAUCGGAGGAUGUAAGGUGGUCAGCGGGCCCAGGCGGUUCUCAUUUCUGCCCUCAGGGUGAGCCCUAAUUUGGAGAUGGGAACCCCCCUCUCCCGCAUCCCUAAGGUGGUGAAAGAUAGGUGGGGAAUCUCCUGCCUUCGGUCUUCCCUCUCAUGAGAGAGCUUUAUUUUUUUUUUUCCCUUUCCCCUCCUCAUUCCCUUAAUUGCAGAUGUUCUAAUUAAACCCUCAAAUAGUUGUUAUGCCGUUUUAAAAGGUACUUAUUCAAGUGUCAACCAGGCUGGGCUGGGAGGAGGCAGCGUAGGGCGGCGAAUUAAAGGUAGAUUGACUAAUCACGGCGGCGAUCAUAAUAAUAAAAUCAGAGGGAAAAAAAUCACAUUACGACUUUUCGUGGAAAGGAGGGAGCAGGCAGCCAGUGGCCGCCAGCCCUGCGCCGCCGCCGACACAAAGAGUGCGGGCGAUUCCGCGAGACUGAUUUAUGACGUUUUACAGCCCUAUAAAAGCUGGAGCGACGAGGCAAGCGCUCCUACCACCGCUGGCAGAUUUAGUCUAAUAAAUAAAACAUAAACAGUUAACUUUAUGUGUCACUUUUAUUGUUAUCAAGUAAAAUAUAGCCGAGCCCCGGCAAGCUAUGAUUUUAAACUAUAAUUGUUAUCAAGUACAACAAGGGGACCCAGCUCCCUCCCUGGGCUCUCCCUUCUGCCACCCCCCAACUCUGAGUUAUGGGAUCAGCUAAUUGGAAUUGGUGGCACGGUGUGGCCACCCCUGGCUGCGGGGGGGGGGGGGGGCGUCGGAAAAAGCAGCCCUUCCUUGCCCCCUCCCUCCUCCAGGGCCCUGCCACCCCGCCAUCAGGGUGUUCCUGUGGGUGGGUGGCAGAGACAGGGGAGCGUGGAGGAAUGGGCUGGAGACCCCCGAGGCCUGCCCAGCCUCCCCAGCUCGCGGGGGCUCAACCCCCAGACUUCCAGAAAUGACGUCAGAAUCAUUUGCAUCCCGCUGCCUCUACCUGCCCGGUCCAGCUGGGACCCUGCCUCGCCGGCCCCAUGGCCAGAGGGUUGGAGGGGCGCUGCCCGGUGACCUACACAGACUGAGACAGGAUCGCCAUGAAUGGAGACCUCUGGAAAAGCUCAGGAGCCGAGGCCCAGGGGGCCCACCGGAGGCCCAAGGGGAGACCAUGGGAGGGGGCUGAAUCACAGCCUCCCGACAGCCCCCCAGUGCCCAGGCUUUGGAAGAGAGCUGGGGGCUUCCCAUCUCCUUUUGCAGGGGAGGGCUGUCAGUCGGCGGCGUGCGCACUGGGGGCACCUCAGCCCCCGCCAGCUAACCCCACAUCACCACCACCACCACCCCCAGCACCACCACCACCACCACCACACACAAAAAAAAUUGGAUACAUUUUGAAUAAAGCGAUUCGGUUCCUUAUCCGGGGACUGGGUUGCUCCGUGUGAUUGGCCGGCGGAGUCACAUGGUGAAAGUAACUUUACAGGGUCGCUAGCUAGUAGGAGGGCUUUAUGGAGCAGAAAAACGACAAAGCGAGAAAAAUUAUUUUCCACUCCAGAAAUUAAUGAUCAUGAGCUCGUAUUUGAUGGACUCUAACUACAUCGAUCCGAAAUUUCCUCCAUGCGAAGAAUAUUCGCAAAAUAGCUACAUCCCUGAACACAGUCCGGAAUAUUACGGCCGGACCAGGGAAUCGGGAUUCCAGCAUCACCACCAGGAGCUGUACCCACCACCGCCUCCGCGCCCUAGCUACCCCGAGCGCCAGUAUAGCUGCACCAGUCUCCAGGGGCCGGGCAAUUCGCGAGGCCACGGGCCGGCCCAGGCGGGCCACCACCACCCCGAGAAAUCACAGCCGCUCUGCGAGCCGGCGCCUCUCUCAGGCGCCUCCGCCUCCCCGUCCCCAGCCCCGCCAGCCUGCAGCCAGCCAGCCCCUGACCAUCCCUCCAGCGCCGCCAGCAAGCAACCCAUAGUCUACCCAUGGAUGAAAAAAAUCCACGUUAGCACGGUGAACCCCAAUUAUAACGGAGGGGAACCCAAGCGCUCGAGGACAGCCUACACCCGGCAGCAAGUCCUGGAAUUAGAGAAAGAGUUUCAUUACAAUCGCUACCUGACCCGAAGGAGAAGGAUCGAGAUCGCCCACUCGCUGUGCCUCUCUGAGAGGCAGAUCAAAAUCUGGUUCCAAAACCGUCGCAUGAAAUGGAAGAAGGACCACCGACUCCCCAACACCAAAGUCAGGUCAGCGCCCCCGGCCGGCGCUGCGCCCAGCACCCUCUCGGCAGCCACCCCGGGCACUUCUGAAGACCACUCCCAGAGCGCCACGCCGCCGGAGCAGCAACGGGCAGAGGACAUUACCAGGUUAUAAAACAUAACUCACACCCUGCCCCCACCCCAUGCCCCCAUCCUCCCCCUCACACACAAAUUGACUCUUAUUUAUAGAAUUUAAUAUAUAUAUAUUUUUUGGUUCUUUUCUCUCUUCCUCCCACCUUAUCCCUUGUCAAUUCCAAACUGACAAAACAGAUAAGCCCUCUGCCCUUCUCUCCCUUCCACUGUUAAGGACCCUUUUAAGCAUGUGAUGUUGUCUUAGCAUGGUACCUGCUGGGGUUUUUUUUUUUAAGGCCAUUUUUGGGGGGUUAUUUAUUUUUUAAGGAAGAAAGCUGCAAAAAUUAUAUAUUGCAAGGUGCGAUGGUCUGGUUUGGGUGAAUUUCAGGGGAAAUGAGGAACAGAAAAAAAGGAAAGAGAUUUUUAAGCCAAUUCUCCUCCUUCUCCUCCUCCUCCUUCCCCCCUCUUUCCUUAGGCCUUUUGCAUUGAAAAUGCACCAGGGGAGGUUAGUGAGGGGGAAGUCAUUUUAAGGAGAACAAAGCUAUGAAGUUCUUUUGUAUUAUUGUUGGGGGGGGCUGGGAGGAGAGGGGGGAAGACAGCAGACAAAGCUAAAUGCAUCUGAAGAGCCUCUCAGAGCUGUUCAGUUUGAGGAGCCAAAAGAAAAUAAAAAUGAACUUUCAGUUCAGAGAGGCAGUCUAUAGGUAGAAACCCCCCCCCCCAUCGUGGUUAUUGUGUUUUUGGACUGAAUUUACUUGAUUAUUGUAAAACUUGCAAUAAAGAAUUUUAGUGUCGAUGUGAAAUGCCCCGUGAUCAAUAAUAAACCAGUGGAUGUGAAUUAGUUUUA